UAGAGGAUUCCCCUGCUAUAAGAAUAUAAUAUUUUAUAUUGAAUUUUGAUAGAGAUUACAAAGUUCGAUGCAACUGGUUAGCCAAUGAAUGUGUAAGGGAAGAGAUAGGAAACACUGAGAGAAAUAAGAGAAACCAUGGAAGGAAGUAGAGGUAAAGUUUGUGUGACAGGUGGUACUGGGUACAUCGGGUCAUGGUUGGUAAUGAAGCUUCUUGAGCAUGGUUACUCGGUCAAUACAACCAUGAGACCUGACCCAGAACAUAAGAGAGACAUUAGCUACCUCAAAAAUCUUCCAGGAGCAUCUGAGAAGCUCCAAAUCUUUGAAGCAGAUCUCAAUAAUCCAGGCAGUUUCGAUGCUGCCAUUGAAGGAUGCAUUGGUGUGUUUCAUACUGCUGCAUUUGUUGAUCUUACUAAUAGUAAACCUGAGGAAGAAGUGACCAGAACUGCCGUAAAGGGAGUGUUAGGAAUUUUGAAGGCAUGUUCAAAAUCAAAAACAGUGAAACGAAUUAUACAUGUUUCUAGUCAAGCGGCAGUAGUUUUUAAUGGCAAGGAGGCAGACAUAAUGGAUGAGAGUUUUUGGACUGAUAUAGAUUAUGUUAAGGAUGUACUCAAAUUUGACGAGUCUUAUUAUGUUUCCAAGACGUUAGCUGAAAAGGCGGCUAUUGAUUUUGCCGAAGAACAUGGCUUGGAUCUUGUGACGGUAAAUCCUCCUUUUGUUUCCGGUCCCUUCAUUUGUCCUCAGUUGCCUGACUCGGUGCAGAACACACUGGCUAUUUUGUUUGGUAAAGAGGAUAUGUAUCCGGGUCUCUGUAAUACAUCUAUGGUGCACAUAGAUGAUGUGGUUAGGGCACUUAUCUUCCUUUUCGAAAAUCCAGAUGCAAAAGGGAGGUAUAAUUGUUCUUCAGUCUUAAUAACUCUUCAAGAGAUGGCUGAACAUUUUACGGCCAAAUAUCCAGAGUUCAAAAUCCCAGCAAUUGAAUCUUUGAAGGAGGUUAAAGGUCUUACAGUACCAGGUCUGUCAUCAAGGAAACUCUUGGAUUCUGGUUUUAAAUUUAAGUAUGGGCUGGAAGAAAUAUAUGUUGGUGCUAUCCAGUGCUGCAAAGAAAAGGGUUAUCUAUGAUAUAUUUGAAAGGUGAGCUGGGCAGGCCACAGGCCACUGUCUGUCAUCAAGUGAAUCAGUUUCCAGAAUAAUUAGUCGAGUCUGUCAAAUUUCUUGCAGUCAUGAAGCUUGUAAAGGAUUGAUGGUUUACGGGUUGUGAAAAUGGUCACUUCUUGCCGGGCCUUCUCCUCCCAUGCGCUCUGACCAUUCUGCUGGUCACUCUUAUCCGCGCCAGUGCUAAUUAGAUUUACUUUGGUUCUGUGGUUCUCUGUCAUCCUUUGGGCAUCUUGGUUUUGGUGUGUAUCUUGCUUCUUUCUGGCACUCAUGGACGUCACCUAGAAUUGUUCUUUUUGAUCAUAUAAUACAGCUCACCAAGGCAGCAGCUACUGAUUUAAUCAGAGUGGUUCCUGCUGCUUGUGAUAAUAGUCUCGUUUUGCCUAAACGGCUAUGGAUACCUUUACAAUAAAUUACAAUUCAAAUUUGCUCUA